AUGGGCCAACAGAAAAAGACAACUUGGGUACCAGUUGGCGAUGUCGAACCUCCCCGUCAUUCAGGGCGAGCUAAUGCUGGGGCUGGAGGAGAAAUUUCUCAGUCAAGGAGGGUUGGAAAUGCCAUCCAGAGUCCAGUCAAAGUGCUUAAGCCGAACGCACCAAAUGUUGUCGUUCCUCCUGAUAAGAUCGAAAAUGCGAUGGCUCCAUCCAACUUGAAGAAGAAGAAAGGAGCUCGUCAGAGGAAGCCUGCAGUCACUCCAGUAGUAUUAUUGACAUUUGAGUUCAAGCAGGAGACCUCAGGCCCAACUGCUGCAGGUCCCGCACCUGUUCUGCAUGUCGCAAAAAACGGAAGGUUCGGUUUGCAAGACUAUCCACUUCCCUCGGCAUAUGUCAGCUCAAAGCCAUUGCAAACUGAUCACACAGCUCAUGGAUCACGCAAUCCUCUUCAGCCUGGCUCAACAAGUCAUGUCCAGCCUCCUGCCCAUCCUGUCCAGCCUCCUGCCCGUCCUGUCCAGCCUCCUGCUCGUCCUGCCCAGCCCCCUGCUCAUCCUGUCAAGCCUAUUAUCAAGCCCUCGGCUCGUCCUGUGGAGUCUCGUGUUCUUCCUGUGGAGUCCCUUGCUCGUCCUGUCCAGCACACAGGCGCCCUUGCUCGUUUUUGUCGUUCUCGCUCAAGUUCAUUCACUUCCGACCUCAACUUUCAUACUAGUGGUCAACAGGAGCCAUCAACAAUAUGGCGACCACUUCCAGGCAGUUCUGUUUCAUUUGUCCGUCAAAAUGUCUUUGCGGAUGGAAGUGACGACGAAAAUGAAGAGACUCAGAUGGAUAGGGAGAUGGAAGAUUUCGAUAUGGAGAAGAAUCAGGAUGCUGACCUCGAGGAGAACCUGGACAUUAGCUUUGAGGAAGAUAACGGUGAGGAGAUUCAGGACGCUGACUUCAAGGAAGAUAACGGUGAGGAAGAUGGUGAUAUUGAUAUUGACUUGGAGGAAGAUGAAGUCGAUGCUGCUAUUGGCGGUGAAGAGCACGAUGAUGGAGAUGGCCUGGGCGAUGGGGACUUAUAUGGAACGGUGACAGCCCCUAUAAACCAUAGCAACCCAGAGGAUCAUAUCUACCGCCCGGGACAGGCAGAAAAACACGUCAACAACGGGGCACGAAAGCAAGCUGGCUGCCCGCAGGCCAACAGCAAACAAGCACCGUCACGCGGCAAAGAAGUGCCCAACAUCAACUACGAUCUGCUCCAACGUCACCAUUCAAACAACCGCCGGCCACGUUCCCCAUCACCCUCAUAUCUUAUUGAUGUCCGUGAGCAGCAAAGUAAUCCGCGCCCAAAGCCUAAGCGCCCUCGCAAAAAUGACCCGUCACCAGCUAAUGAUGGUUCAGACUGUGACGACAACAACGAAUUCGAGCGCGACUCUGGUGUUCAGAGCUGUGCUACCAAGAAGAAUAAGAACGCGAAGGGCACCGCCAACCCAACCACACUUGGAUUCUUCCCUCCUCUUUGGAUCAAACUACUUGACUUUGCGAAGGCCAAUUUUAGACAGCACCUCGCCAUUGUGGCCCCUUUCCCCCAACGUGAAUCAGCUAUUGACGAAGGCGGAGUAUGUGGGGAAAUGAUUGCGGAAGCUAUCAUUUAUUGGCAAGAACAGAAGUGUCAACUUGAGAAAGGCUACUACCCGAAAUUCAAAGCAGAGAUGGCUAUUGUGAUUUUUAACGAUGCUGCGACCUUUCGAAGCAAAAUAAAACAAGUUGCUCUCGCCGUGGUUCCGUUGGAGUAUGAGCUUGUCUCACAAGGAGGUACCAUUGCAGCCGUCAAAAUCAAGGCAUCCGGUCUCAUUCGCCACUUGUUGUUUUUAUGUGGGGUAGUCGAUACUCAUGGUCAUUCGUCUAACUUCGCGCAUAACGCGCUCCGGUCUGUCUGCCUUCGAGUGUUUUAUGAUAGCGGCUCAAAAUCUUUGCGUCAAUUCCCUGCCUUCCGAAAGACUAUUCCGGACAACGCUGUCAUCCUGGUUGCAACAAUUGUUCGAAACAUUCUCGACAUUUAUGCCAGGCAUGGCCAAGCAAACACCAAGCAAACGAACAUCGUGGAUUCAGAGGUCAUCUACAAAAAGAUCGCUGGCUUGUUUAAACAUGUUAAAGAUGACGAGUAUCAUGGUCCGAAGCUGCACAAGAUGCUUCAGUCUUGGGCACAGACCGGCAUUACCAUUGUUGACCAUCAAGAUAGGAAUGAGGUCGCUAUGAGUGGUGAAGAUGAAGAUGGUGGUUCUGAAUGGGAGGUUGAUCUUAAUUAG